AUGAGUCUUCAUCUCCAAACUAUAAUUGACAACAACUCAAGAAGAGAGAGACAAGAACCUCAUGAGAAAGUAAUCUCAUCAACGGAGGACAAUGAUGUAGAAGUUGAACCAAGGGAGGUGGUACUACAGCCACUACCUAUACUUACUCCACCACGAUACCCACUCAAGGGAACAGAGAAACUCACUUGUGGGAGUGAGCUGGUAGAAAUUGUGGAUGUGCUAAAAAUUGAUGAGACUUAUCCUGCAAAUGAAGAGGUGGUUGACUUGGGAUUUAUAGGUACCUUGAUGAAUGAAGAAGAGUCAACUAUCUCCAUUUAUGAGGGUCAUGUUGAUGGAGUCAAAGAUAAACAUACUUGGGGAGCGCAAAAAGAGAUGGUUGAUUUUGAUCAAUUUCAAGCCGAGAAAAUCCCCAAAGUGUUGGAAGAGUGGAGCAAGAUAGAUUUUCUUCCAUGUUGGAUGAUUCAAGAGAAUGCUUCUUGGCGGCAUGACAGGCUAAUUGAUGGCACAUUCUUGUGGUAUCAAGACGGUUAUUCAGAGUGA